AUGGCAGAGCUGGCCGCCAGCCUUGCUCCGGAAGUCUUCACCGACUUCUUUACCCGUUCACGCUUUGCUCGUCGAUUCACGCAAGUCACCAUGUUCAACUCUUUCUUGUUCUGCAGCGCCCUCAAUGCCGUCUUCGCCCUGCCCUAUUUCCUGGGAUGCAUUGGCUCCUGUCGAGCUGGCCGCGGAGCCAAGAACCGCAUCUACUUGCUCAGCAGCCUUGCCAAUUCCACCACGCAGGUGCUCUUUGCCGUCCUUCUGAUCGUCGCCGCCGCGCGGCAUUGGCGUUCCAAGGACGCCGUGGCCAUUGCUCGGAGUGCGGUGUUCUGCGAGUCGAUGUUUGAGGUCAUCGAGAUCCUCCGACUCAUUGAAUACUUCUAUCUCCGAGCCUGGGGUGUCUGCAGCAAGCUGUCGCUGAUGGCCGCCUGGCUUGUCAUCACCGUUGGGCUGAUGGCGUUGACGUUCGUCUUUGACGACAACGUCACCAGCGGGACGCUGUUCCUAUUCGCCGUUGUCGCCAACUACGAGAUCAAAAUCCAGUGGGCCGGUUUCUCCAUCCCCUGGAUGAAAGAAGCCGAACGAAAGCACCAACGGCGGGAUCCCCCCCAAGAACCGACGCCGGCCUCGGUUGGCGUUCUCUUGGAAUCCCUGCGCGCGUUCUUCUAUACCGUCGUCGCGCUGGUCGCGCUCAUGGGCCUGCUCGUGUGGGAAGACAAGUGGCCCUUUCUCUAUAGUCUGCAACUGCUGCUCGUCAACUUGAUACUGGGCUUCGCUGGUUUCGACAGGGUGGUUUUGUACAUAUACCCUAAAGUGCGCCAGCCGGUGACCCCGCACAACAGCCCCGCCUUAUCCCCAAGCCUCGCACCUGACAGCCCACCGGAGGACGUGCCAACGUGCAGCGGCGGACUGUGCUGA